CCACCAAUAUUUAUUUCUAUUUUAUUAGCCCCACCAGCUAUACUAUAACGUCUCUCUUUUAAAAAGCUCCAUUUCUGCGUUUUACAGGCUCUUAUUGAACUCCAUCUUUUACUAUUCCACACACACCAACUUCUCCUUCUCAAUCUCUCUGUUUCAUAUACAAAAAUAAAAAAGCUUAUGCUUUUCAAUGGCUGCAACAUCAGCAUACAGAACCCCAUUGUUAUCUGAUACAAGCAGUAUUAUAAGCACCACUAGCAGUAGCAGUGAAUCAGAAGAAAGCCCAGCAACUUCACAAAGAUUUCAAGAUUUCCAACUAGAUCUUCAGUUCAAGAUUUCAAGAAUACCUAUUUCUUGUACUUACCACUCUUACAAGUCCCUAGCUGUACUUUCAGACCACGUUGGCACAGUUUCUUGUUUAGCCCUUUGUGGGGAAUUUAUACUCAGUGCUUCUCAAGGUAAGGAUAUAAUUGUCUGGCAACAACCUGAUUUAAGGCUAUUUACUAAAUUUGGGGUGGGUGAUGGGUCAGUGAAGGCACUUGUUACUGUUGGUAAUAAAGUUUUUACAGCACAUCAAGAUUCUAGGAUUCGUGUGUGGAAGGUUUCAAGAAGAUCUGAGAAUGUUUUUAGGCUUGUUGAUACAUUGCCUACUACAAAAGAUUAUCUUGGGAAUUUUAUGAAACAGAGUAAUUAUGUGAAAACUAGGAGGAAUCAUAAAAAGUUGUGGAUUGAACAUGCUGACAGUAUUUCUUGUUUAGCUGUUUGUAAUGGGUACAUUUAUUCUGGUUCUUGGGAUAAGAGUUUGAAAGUGUGGAGAAUUUCUGAUUUGAAGUGUUUGGAAUCAAUUAAGGCUCAUGAUGAUGCUAUUAACGGAUUAGUUGCUGGGAAAAAUGGGGUUGUUUAUUCAGCUUCUGCUGAUGGAAAGAUAAAAGCUUGGGGAAAAAGUAGUGGGACUACACAUGUGCUUACGGGGAUUUUAGAGGGUCAUAAAGACGUUUCUUUAAACUCAGUGGUGGUUUCUGAAGAUGGGAAUUUUGUAUAUGGAGGGGGGUCAGAUGGGUAUGUGAUGGGGUGGGUGGGUAACAAGAAUUUUGAUAGUUGGAAACUUGUUUGUGAAGUGAAAGCACAUGGAAUGGCUGUUUUGUGUAUGUGUUUGAUGAUGGGUGAAUUCUUGUGUAGUGGAUCAGCUGAUAAGAGUAUUUGCCUAUGGAAACGGGAAAUCAAUGGAGGGUUGUUUAAAUUUGGUGUUAUUAAAGGACAUGAAGGUCCUGUUAAGUGUUUACAAGCUUCACCAGGUAGUGUUGGGGGUGGCUUUAUGUUGUAUAGUGGAAGUCUUGAUAAAAGCCUUAGAGUUUGGUGGAUUCCAAAGUACAAUGAUGACAAAAAGGACUCAUCUUUGAUCCCAAAGUGA